CCUCUCUCUGCCACCAACUCCGCUACCUGUUGACGCUGGGCCAACAUUGAGCAGCGCGCGAGACCUGUCUGUCCGUUCCACUAUCCAAUACCGACAUCAAGAAUGAGCGCAAUAAUGAGGUCCCUGCCCAUCCAGAGAGCAAUCAUUCCCUUCCUGUUGUUCUCUCAACUCCCCUAUUCAGCAGCUCUGAAUCUUGGACUUGAAUCGCUCGAGGGCAGAGCAGUCCAAUCCCAAGCAACAUGUCUGAACUCCUUCGACUGGAUGGACAACAGCCUCUCACAGAGUCCCUGUAUCGUCGCUGCCUACCUCCUUUCUUCGUGUGCAGGUGGAGAUUGGACGAUCCAGGCGGUGACUGCUAACUCGCAUUAUACUCCACCAGGGAAGACGGAUGCAAAUGGGUGUAAGUGUUCGUGGGUGGUGUACAACACGCUGCAAGCAUGUGCAGACUGUCAAGGGCAGAACUUCGAGUCUGCUAUGCUUUCGUGGUCGGGAUACAAUGGAAAUUGUACUGGGUCAUUACUCUCAACGAAGGAUUAUUAUCCUCCCCAGACACCCAUCCCGGCAGAAACUGCUGUCCCGUUCUGGGCAACUACAAAUCCCUCGACAUGGCAUGAUGGGAUAUUUGACCCGUCGAUGGCACAGAGUAUCGCUAAUCGAGGGAAUUCCGACAUCACCCAAUCCACUCGGCCCGGUAAUGCCAAUGGGAAGAAGUCUAACAAGGGAGCAAUAGCAGGAGGCGUCAUCGGUGGUAUAGUCUUCCUCGUUUUCGUCAUCCUCGCCUUCCUCUUCAUCCGCUCUCGUCGUAAUCGCCGACAAGCUGGUACCAGUGUUCUUAAUCACCAGCGCAAGGCGAGCACCGUGAAAGUGAGGUGGAGUCCGCUUUCGCAUUUCAGGAGCCCGAGUGAAAAUUAUACGGGCAAGUACGGUAAUCCGAAUGUUGUCAAUGGGCUGGGUUAUGAUAACUUGACGCCGAGUCCUGGUCCAACGAUGAUGUCAAUGACGAUGACGGGCGGCUCGACGGGCACGACCCCUUCCGGUCGACCGCCGUACCAUACUAUGCCUUCGUCGAGUAGCUUCACGUCCGCGCCGACAGCUUCUCCUCCACCGGGUGACUACAUCACACACACCACGCCAGGAAAGGCUUACCUCUCUGUCCCUCCAGGCAUUGGUGUCACUCCCGGAAUGGGAAUGGUGACAAUGAACAACAACAGCAAUAAUCACUCUUCCGCACUGAGCAUGACAGUCUCAAGCGCAUACGCUACCGCCGGUGCGCCCUCUACAACCGCGGGCAGGGCGAGUCACGCACAUACGCUUUCGAACGACAGUACCGCUGCCUUCAGUCUCAAUUCGGGGUACAAUUCCAAUCUCGCUGGUAUGGAAGGAAGGGGAGGUGUGGGAGGUGAACCUCCAGAAGGGACGAUCACACCAUUCGUCCUUCCACCGACCUUACCCGAGCCGAUGGGUCCAGGCCAUGAUGUAGACAAUAGUCCAUCGUUCGACGCUGCUAAUCCAGUAUCACCCACACCGGGAACUAGCGGCAAGUCCGGACUCGGACACGGAAGAGGAGCGAGCGAUAGCACGACAACUUCGAACGACGUUGUAUAUUCCAAUCCCACACCUUCACCUCUCAUCGGAAGUGGAAUUGGAACUGGUACGCGUAGACUAGCGGUAGAGAGGAGGAAUCCACCAGCGUAUACGCUUUCCCCUCCUGAUUUAUCUUCGGAGCACGGUCAUAUCGUUGAUACCGAAGACGCGCAGAGUGCGGUAGGUGACAGGAUGUCGACGGACGCACAGCGGGCAGAGACAACACUAAGUGGGACGACACUCAGGAACCGGGAAGGGGACUCGAGCGUAAGGGCGCCGACGACUGUCGGUGAAGAGGUUGGUGCUUCUCAAGUCGACCAUCAUCAGAAUGCGAAUGCAGACUCGGAGAGAGACCAGCACGGAUAUCCUAUUGAUCGAAAAAUCUAACAUGACUCAAAGUUGGAGAUGACGAUGUGACGGUGGAUAAGACCGUUUGUUAUUUUGACGCAAAGUACGAUGAUACAUGGAAGUUUGGUUUUAUACGACGUAUGCGCAUGUAUAUCAUUUUGUUGUUGUUGGUUGUUGUUGGGGUGGGAUUAUCUUGUUGCUCUGUUCAGUUAUUCCGUUGGUUAACCAAAAAUUGUUAUGCUAGCUACUCGCCUACCUAUCCAUCUAUAUAUACAAAUGUAUUUUGUAGUUGUAGCAAGCGCCUCGAGACCUCUUAUUAAGAAUGCCUCAGGCUUGUCA